GGCGGCCUUCUGGCGUCUGCUUUGUUUGAGUUGGAGCCUCGGAGGCUGUUGCCAGGAGACCUCGUAAACGCCAGAGAGAACUGAGGCCUUGCGGUUUACCGGAGGAGGUGGAGGCCGCAGGAGCGGGAGAGGAGGAUUUUCGUCUGCCAAGAUGGCUUCCAAGAGGAGAACUUUGAGCUUCAGUGAAAGGCAUCAGAAAUUAGUAGAUGCAAACUAUUGCAAAAAAUUGCAUGUUGAGGCGCUAAAAAAGCUACAGAAUCAAGUCAGAAACCAAAUGGUGCGGAAUGAGAAUGAUGACCGGGCUGAGCACAAAAGGUUCCUCAGAUUACUACAGAAUGAGCAGUUUGAGUUGGAUAUGGAAGAGGCCAUUCAAAAGGCAGAAGAAAACAGGAGAUUGAGGGAAUGCCAGCUUGAACAAGAAGAAAAAUUGGCUUUGGAAUUGGCAAAACUAAAACAUGAAAGUCUAAAGGAUGAAAAGAUGAGGCAACAAGUAAGAGAAAACAGCAUUGAGCUCAGAGAACUGGAGAAGAAAUUACAAGCAGCUUACAUGAAUAAAGAGCGAGCAGCUCAGAUUGCUGAAAAGGAUGCCAUUAAAUAUGAGCAAAUGAAACGUGAUGCUGAAAUAGCCAAAACUAUGAUGGAAGAACAUGAGAGAUUGAUAAAGGAAGAGAAUGCCACAGAAGACAAACGAAACAAAGUAAAAGCACAGUACAAUCUUGACUUAGAGAAGCAACUUGAAGAACAAGAAAAGAAAAAGCAGGAAGCUUAUGAGCAAUUGCUGAAAGAGAAACUCAUGAUUGAUGAAAUUGUUAGGAAAAUCUAUGAAGAAGAUCAGUUGGAAAGACAACAAAAGUUAGAAAAAAUGAAAACAACUCAAAGGUAUAUAGAAGAAUUUAAGAAACAGCAAGCUGUCUGGAGAAAAAAGAAACGUGAGGAAAUGGAAGAAGAAAAUAGAAGAAUCAUAGAGUUUGCCAAGAUGCAGCAACAAAGGGAAGAAGAUUGGAUGGCAAAAGUUCAAGAAACUGAAGAAAAAAGGCUACAGCUUCAGAAUACGCUGUCUCAGAGAUUGGAAGAAAUGCUGAGGCAACGUGAAGAUUUAGAACAAGUGCGACAGGAAUUAUACCUCGAAGAACAAGCUGAAAUACAUAAGAAGAAACUAGAAGAAGAAGCCGAAAAGAAAUUGAGAAAGCAAAAGGAAUUGAAGCAAAAUUUUAUGGAACAAAUGGCCUUGAAGGAACUAGUACUACAGGCUGCAAAAGAGGAAGAGGAGAUCUUUCGAAAAGCUAUGCUAGCGAAAUAUGCUGAGGAUGAUCGAAUAGAAUUAAUGAAUGCUCAGAAACAAAGAAUGAAGCAACUGGAACACAAGAAGGCUGUGGAAAAACUUAUUGAAGAGCGUCGCAACCAGUUCCUUGCAGACAAACAACGUGAACUGGAGGAAUGGCAGUUGCAGCAAAGAAGACAAGGAUGUGUUAAUGAAAUUAUUGAAGAAGAAAGACUAAAACUUCUUAAAGAACAUGCUACAAAACUACUAGGAUAUCUCCCUAAAGGAGUAUUCAAAAAAGUGGAUGAUAUUGAUAUGCUUGGUGAAGAAUUCAGAAAAGCAUAUCAGAAAAGGAGUGAAAUCUGUGAACAUAAGUGAUAUCAUUUGGUAAAAUCUGGAUUCUUAUUUGUAUGUUACCACUAGAUGUCAGUGUAACUUUUGUUUUACAGUUCAGUGAGCACAGGAACCCACUGUCUUUGGAUUUUCUAAAACAUCUGUAUUUCAUCAUUUAUAAACAAUUUUAUCUGUAAGAAAACAUUUGU